CUAAACUUCAACUCAGACACUCUCAACUGAUGUCCUUUAAACUAUACAUACUUAUAUGUAAAUGGAUGUUUAACAGUCAGACCAUAACAUCUCAUAAGAUAAAAUAUAGUGCUAACAUAUUGCUAUUUCAGAUCAAUAUCUGGAUCAUCACCAAUCUGUGAUUUACAGCAUAUUUUGACUUUGGGUCUACACCAGGAGAUAAAUGUAUUUAUGACAGUCUUGUGUAGACCUACACAUGGAUUUAUUUUAGGCCCUGGUGUUGUCACUCAGAUACUGGAGUCAGGGUUUGCGUUUGCAAUUUGUGUUUGACAACUUUUCAACCAUGGCGAAAGUGAGUGAUGUGAGAAUGUGGUUGAUCGGUGGCACACGUGCUCCGGCAUGUGUGGCGUGUCCCUGCUGUCACUGUCUGUCUGACCUUCAGCUCAGGAGGGUCAACAACGCCAUCUUUUGAACUUAUUUUAGGAAUGACAUUCCUUAACGAGCGAACAUAAGGUGCGUGGUCUGGUAAGUGACAGAGCAGCAGCGACAACAACAUUGGAGUCAUCAGAAUAAAUGGCCACAUUAGUUAUAAUGGAUGAAAAACACAUUAAGUCCACAACAGCUGCAUCAAUGAGCAAAUAAUACACUCUUAGCCCACAUGACACCCAAGGGUAAACGUGUGGCUGCCAGCUGCUGAAGAGCAACACAGAAACAAGGUGCCUCACCAUGGAUUCCAAAGUCAUUAUGUAACUCUGGUAUAAAAUACAGCAGCAGUCAACCGCGUUCAACAAACAGAGGAAGAGGAGUCUCCAGUUCUUCAGUCAGUCAGUCAGCAGCAGCUCACAUCACUCAGGACUAAACGAGCUUCAAGUCAGGGAGCGUCUGUCUGUACCUUUCCUCUCUUACACUUAUUUGGAUCAGGGGGAUAAAAAAAGAAGAAAUGGACUUCAUUCUGCCUCCUACUUUACCGGCUGAUGGGAUCCCAUGGGAGAAGGUUUUACCACCUCUCAUUCCCCGGCUGAGUGGGACUCACGGACAGUAUAACUGGUCUCCCAAGUUGCUGAUGCCAGAGGCUGAUAACACCAGUGCUGCAGAAGUGAAGUGUGACGACACUGGGUUCGUAGUUCAAGUGGAUGUAAAACACUUUAACCCAGAGGACCUGGUGGUCAAAGUAGUCGGGGAUUUUGUAGAAGUUCAAGGAAAGCAUGAAGAAAGAAAGAGUGAUGGAGCAGGAGUUUCCACCAGGCAGUUUAACCGUCGAUAUCGAAUCCCAAAAGGAGUAAACAGCCUGGCUUUGGAGUCAGCCGUCUCUCCAGAAAGCAUCCUGAUCAUAUCUGCACCGUUGCUGCGUAGUGACAACUGAAGGUCCCUCAUCUGAUCACAUGUACUCAAAUCAACCACAUCACAAGAUGCAGCCAAUGCAAUGGAAACGUUAAUAACCACACAGAGUCAGAAAUAACUUCAGGCUCCUCCAGUCACACAGCAACAGUCAGCUUCUGCCAAAACACACAUUUGUCCUCUUCCUGGCACUGUCCUGAUAUUCCCUGCUCCCUGAGGUUUGUAUAUACUCCCCUGCUUUCCCUCUUCAACCUUCCAGAAUAUUCCAGGGAGACAGGCUUUGUAAAUAUUAUGUUCAAAUAUCAAACUGCUGCUUGUUUUUCCUGAAACCUUUGUAAAAAGCACUGUAUUGUAACUGUGAUAAAUGAUGUGAAAAUGUAUAUCUUCAAAGUCUUUAUUGUUAAAAUCCCUAGAAA